AUGGCAACGGCGGCGGAUCUCCCCGUUGAUCUCGUGGAGAAGAUCUUGCUCCGCCUCGACGAUGCGGCCGACCUCGUCCGCGCCUCCGCUGCCUGCACUGCCUUCCGCCGUGUCGUCACCGACGGCCGUUUCCUCCGCCGCUUCAGGUCCCUGCACCGCCCACCCGUCCUCGGAUUGCUCAGCCGUCGCACCGGCACCAGUGCAAGCGUGGGGUUCCGUUUCAACCCAGCCGCGCCGCCGCGCCGCUCCGCACAGGCAGCUCGCGCCGUCGCACGCGCCCCUGCCUUCUCCUCCUCCUCCUCCUUCCUCCCUGCAGACACGACCAAGAAUUGCUGGCACUUCCACGACGCCCGCGACGGCCGCGUCCUCGCCGGCGGCGCCACCACCACCACCACCUGCUUCUCGUCCUUCCCGUACCUAGUGGUCUACGAUCCCUUGUACCACAAGCAUGUUCAGAUACCUCCCAUCCCCAAAGACGACAUUGUGGCUCAGCUCGGUGAAUGCCAGUUCAAGCCUUUCCUCGUACCGGCCGCCGCCGCCGACGACGACGACGAUUUGUCGUUCCGGGUGAUGUGUAAUGUGCUGUCCAAAGACAUGGAAUACCACUAUGUGGUCGAGACCUUCGACUACUCCUCGGUCACCGGAAAAUGGCGUGGCGUGGCGUCUCUUAGCGAUGCAGACUAUGAACCUCUAUCUAACCUCUUCUACUACAUGGAGCACCACUAUGCCCACGGCUGCUUCUACUGGGUGGAUUCUUAUGGGGGAGCAGACAUGCUCGUGCUUGACAUGAAAGAGAUGAAAUUCUUCGUCGUUAACAUCCCGCCUAAAACAAGUGGAAACCGAAGAUUGUUGUGGAGGCAGCAGCUGAAGAAGAAGAAGAAGACAGGAUUGGCUUGUUGGUUCUUUGUGAGAACAUGUUACACUUCUACAGCGGCAAGGCCUUCAGCAGUGCAUCAAACAAUGGUUGCUGGCAAUGGCGACACGAUGAUGAAGUUACCUUGGUCGACUCUUAUGAGUGGGUGUUUGGUGGUGCUGCUGAUCAGGGCUACGCGGUCUUACAAGGGGUUCCGUCAGACGAGUACAAGACUUGGUUGUACUGUGACCCGGCGAUGGGUCGAAAAACAAACGCACACUGUUUCACCGUGGAGCUCCAGACGUUGGUGGUUGAGCAGCUAUGCGUGAAGGAUUUCUACAAUGAUCCUGCUUUCCUAUUUGCAAGCUUUCCACCGCCGUUUGCACCACCAAGUAUAUGAAAUACUGUAGUAUGCUUCAGAGACCUUUCUUCCUUGUUUUUUUAGCUCAUCAGCUGCUGUUGGCCGGGAGUAAAAAAACGUGUUAUCGUACUUAAGUCUUGUUUCGAUGCAUGUAUAUCCACUUCA